AUGAAGGCCACUCAUAAGCCAAGUGACGCUUCGACUGUCAUGAAAGAGGAUUAUGGUGUCGUCUCUGUGGAGAAAUCAGAGAGUGGGAGUGGACGAACAAGCAAUGAAGAACAACAAGCUCCAUCAAACGCACAAUCAACAUCAUCAGAAGAUGAAGAGCAAGGCCAGCUCGAUGGCCGAUCAAAGGCCGAGAUCUCCAUCAUCAUGUUCGCGCUUUCUUUGGCUUGCUUCCUCGCGGCACUAGACACCAGCAUCGUUGCCACCGCACUGCCCGUCAUCGCCGAACACUUCCAAGCAGCGACAAGUUACAGCUGGGUCGGAUCAGCCUACCUUCUCGCACACGCAGCUGGCACAGGUCUAUGGGCAAAAUGGUCAGACAUCUUUGGCCGCAAGCCAUCGCUCAUCGUCGCCAACAUCGUGUUCUUCGUCGGUUCUCUCAUCGCGGCCUUGUCGAACAGCAUCGGCAUGCUCAUUGCUGGCCGAGCGAUUCAAGGUGCUGGUGGUGGCGGUUUGGUCACAUUGGUGGACGUCAUCAUUGCCGACUUGUUCAGUGUUCGCACUCGUGGCAUGUACCUUGGUAUCGUCUCCGGAGUCUGGGCUAUUGCUAGUGCUUUGGGACCUGUCGUCGGUGGUGCUCUGACGCAGGGCGCGUCCUGGAGAUGGUGCUUCUGGAUUAAUCUCCCACUUGACGGUAUCGCGAUCGCCGUGAUUGUAUUCUUCCUCAAGGUGCAGACUCCUCGCACGCCAUUCUGGCAGGGUCUCAAGGCCGUCGAUUGGCUCGGAACCUUCUCCAUGAUCGGCGGCACGCUGCUCUUCCUCUUCGGUCUUCACUACGGCGGCAUCACUUUCCCAUGGGACAGCGCCACGGUGAUCUGCCUCAUCGUCUUCGGGAUCGUGCUCUUUGCCGCAUUUGUCGCCAUCGAGUGGAAGUUCGCAAAGCUACCUAUCCUGCCACUCCGCAUGUUCAAGGCUCGAUCAAAUUGGGCUUCUUUGCUCGCUGAGUUCUUCCACGCGCUGGCUUCGAUGGGAAUGUACUUCUACCUCCCAUUCUACUUCCAGUCUGUCAAAGGCCGCAGCCCGCUGAUGUCUGGUGUUCUCCUCUUGCCCAACGUUGUCGCAACCUCGCUCGGAGCGGCGAUGACAGGUGGCUACAUCGCUGGCACUGGAAACUACUGGGGCUUCAUGGUCGGUGGUUUCGUCCUGAUGACUCUCGGUAUUGGUCUCUUCAUCGACCUUGGUGUGGAUUCGAACAUGGCCAAGAUCGUUCUUUACCAGAUCGUGGCGGGUUUGGGAACGGCACCAAACUACCAAGCUCUUCUUGUCGCCCUGCAGACAAACAUUCGCCAGGAUGAUGUUGCUGCCGGCACUGCUGCGUACAACUUCAUUCGCGGUCUCGGUGUCUCGAUCUCCUUGGUCGUUGGCCAGGCGCUUUUCACCAACGAGUUCAAGAAGCAAGUUCCAGCACUCGUCACCGAGCUGGGCGCAGAGGCUGCUGCACCCUUCACGAGCCACUCAGUCGAAGCUAGCAUCCCGUACAUUAACCAGCUCGCUGAUGCGCCCAAGUACCUUGUGCGGCAGGCAUUGUCGGUUGCGCUCAGGAACAUGUGGAUAUUGUACACCGUGUUCGCAGCUGGCGGUCUCGUCUUCAGCUUGUUGGUCAAGCGUUAUGUGCUCACUACUGAGCAUACCGAGACUGAAGUUGGUCUCGAAGCUCAGAGGCGCAAUGAAGAACAGUAUAAAGCGGAGCAGCUGGCCAAGAAAGAGGAGAAGAAGAUGCAGAAGCAACACGGUGCCAAUUGA